AAAACAAUGUGGCGCUGUUCACCUCAGAGGAGGUUACUCCACCUCUCUUCAUAUUUAAUGAAAAAGUCAAAGAGUAAAUCUGCUGCUGAGCAGCGCUGGGUACAGCGGCAGCUCAGAGACCCGUAUGUUAAAGCUUCUCACCAGCAAAACUUCCGCUGCAGGAGCGCUUUUAAGCUUCUGGAGAUAGAUGACAAGUUUAGACUCUUACAGCCCGGAUACAGCGUGGUGGACUGCGGAGCGGCACCUGGUGCCUGGAGCCAAGUAGCCGUCCAAAGGGUCAACUCAGCUGGGACAGAUCCGGAGUCACCACAUGGUACAGUCAUCGGCAUUGAUCUCCUGAACAUCCCACCUCUGGAUGGCGCCCACUUCCUGUCCAAUCAUGAUGUCACAGAUCCCUCCACACAUGCAAAGCUGCUGGAGCUUUUCCCCGGUGGGCAGGCUCACGUCAUCCUGAGCGACAUGGCACCUAAUGCCAGUGGUUUCCGGGACAUGGACCAUGAAAAACUCAUCUCGAUGUGUUUGUCUUUGGUUGAGCUGGCCGAGAAGAUUUUACAGCCAGGGGGCUCUCUGCUGUGUAAAUACUGGGAUGGGAUCCUCACCCAUAAACUCCAGGAGAAACUAUCCAGUGAGUUUGGUAGCGUUCGGACUUUAAAGCCAAAUGCAAGCAGAAAGGACUCAGCUGAGAGGUAUUUUCUUGCUAGAAUGUACAGAAAGCCAGAAAAAUGAUCAGAUCUGCCUUUUUUUCUCCUCUUAUUAGAAUAUAAAUGAUUUCUGGAUACUCACUGUGUUUUCUUCUGGUAAAGUAAACAUGAAAAAAGGCCUUGCUUUACCUUUGAUCAAAAGGUGGCACUGUUGAGGCAUCAGUACACUGCAUAGCUGCAGGCACAGACACAUCACAUACUGUGAGUACAGAUUUUUCAUCCCCACAAACUUAACGCAGCAGCAGCAGCAGCAGCAGCAGUGAAGCAGUAAUAUGUAAACGUGUGCAAGAAUCACCAGAGUGAUAUUCCUCAAGAGCCUAAUGCUGUGUCGUCUCUCCAGUUAUUGUUUGCCCCACAGUGUUUGUUCUACAGUCACUCUGCUGUUUGCUGUCUUACAGAAAGUCAUUUACCAGCACUGCUUAUGCUAAUAAUGUGCACUGCCAGCCAUGUAGAAAUAUGUAAUCAUUCUCUCAUUGAGGGCUUAUGAAGGGAAAACCUAACACAUAAGAGUCACAUCCAGCAUGACUAAUGGGAAGUGGGAUGAUGCUGGAGCUUGGCAGCCUGUGAGUGUUGUCUGGCUCUGCUCUCUGACUGAGGAGAGAUGUCCAUUUCCUCUGAAAAUAUCCUCAGUCACAGUACACACAUUUUCUUUGUAAAAUUCUUUCAAUGAGCGUGCUGAGAACUUUUCAAAGUACCAUUUAUUUUGUUUUAUUGUUCUCUUUGUCUCUGUGCUUUUUCAUACUGAUUUUAUUCUGCUGUGACCAGAGCAAUGAAGUAAAAGACUCUCUUUAUUAGAGCUGCAUUAUAGAAUAUUAAAGACAUAUGUGAGUAGGACUGGGAGACAUGGACCAAAAUCAUAUUUUGAAACUUUUCAGCUAAAGGGUGAUACACGAUAGUGUCUCCAUGUUUUUUUCUGUAAAGAAAUAAUAAAUGUCUGUCACAAUG